CAAUUCGACCCCCCACCUCUCGUUCACUCACCCGUGAAAGCGCGUCAUACCAACAGAUCACUCCAGACUUUCGGCAAACUUCCACAACCACAAGCAACAAGCGAGCUUGGAAAUGACCGCCGUCAAACGCAAAAUCUAAUACCUUGCGUUGCAACACCUCUUCUCACUCUACUAGUGUCCGUCUUUCCGUACCACAGCAGAAGCCAGCAUUCCCGAUGGCCACCGCAAUCACGCAUCCAAAUAGCUUGGACGAUGUUGUCACACUCAUCCAUCGUCUCUUCCAACCCGGCUCGCCGGAAGAGCUUUCGCGAAUACAAGAUAUCCUACAGGAGGUCCAGCGGUCACCCGAAGGCUGGCAGCUUGCGGACCACUUACUGGAGCGGCAGGACCAGCAUGUGCGGUUCUUUGGAGCCCUUACAUUCACCGUCAAACUAAAUUCCGAUUGGGAAUCGGUGUCAGAAGACGAUGUCCCCGUGCUCUGCACAAGACUUAUCGGCUGGCUCGUUCGAGUAGUCAACGAAGGCGCGCCGCCGCUCGUCAUCAAAAAGCUCUGCUCUACACUGGUGGUCUUCUUUGUCCGCUUCGCAGAAUCGUGGCCAAACUGCGUUCGCCAUGUUAUCUGCUGCCUUGCGGCCGGCCGUGCAGGCCUCGAGAGAGAGUUUGUCGACAUGCCCCCGUCGUCCCACCUGUUGGGCACCAUGAAUCCGGCUGCGAAACUCGCUGCGCUCUGGUUCACAACAAUAUUGGUGGAAGAAGUUGGUAAGGUGGAUACGAAAAAUAUCAAGAACCAUCACUAUUGCGUCAAGAUCCAGGACAACGAGGCGGAGGCAGUAGUGCUGAUCAAGAAUGCCAUCAACAUGCCAAACGGCGCGGGAAACAUUCCCGACAGCUUUGAUCCGCGGAUUGUGGAUGGCGGAUUGAAGGCAUUCCAGAGUUGGGUGUUAUACUCUCUGCGCGCAUUUAUAGACUUCCGUGUCGAAUUCCCGCUGCUGCGGACACUCACACAUACGGCCAUACACUGGCUAGCUAGCGAAGACAUGUUCGAGGCCGCAUGCGACGUGGUCAUUGACAUCCUGUCACUCUCAUUUUCUUUCUUGACGGCGGAAGACAAAUUGACUCUAGCCAACAUCCUCAUCUCGCCGUGGGCAGUGGAACGCUACGAGUUACUGCUAUCUGGCGAUACUGAUUGGGGAUCCAUCCAGUUUGCUCGACUACUGGUCACAUUCGCCGAAGCAACGGUUCAGAAACUGGCAAAGAGUCUAAACACCCCGCCCGGGAGGGCAAUGAUCGAGAUGCUACACGGAAUCCUGAAUAUUCCAGGGUACCCACAGGUGGAAGAUGAAGUUUCCGGCAGUACCUUCGAGUUCUGGAGUAGUCUGGUGGAGUUUUUGGUCGAUAAUGAGGGGGAAGAUGAUUCGGACGAGCCGUGGAUUGAGGAUUGCCACAAGGAGGUCAAGCGCGCGGUCGAAGAGUUUUGGAAGAAAAUACGCAUCCCCAACAUGCAGGAGUUGCAGACGUGGACGAAGGACCAAAUGGAGGGAUUCAUGAGUUACCGCAAGGACGCAGCCGACUUUGUGGAAUCAGCGUAUGGCUUGCUUGGGCCGCCGCUGUUUCUGCAACUUGUCGAUCAGGUCGUCAACGCACUCGCUCCGGGGGGCAGUGCUUCGUGGGAAGAGAUCGAAGCUAGUCUGUUCUGUCUGAACGCCCUGAGUGAUCUGCUUGGUGAUGAACCAUACGAGGAUGUUUACAUGGAGCGGUUGUUUGGAAGCAAUGUGUUUUCGAUGCUGGUAGACCCCGGAGCCGAGAUUCCGCUUAAGGCUCGAACGACAUCGGUGAAUUUGAUAGGUUCAUAUGCACCGUUCUUUGAGAGACAGCCAAGCUACCUUCCGCCAGCACUCAACUUCCUUUUCACGUGUCUCUCGACACCUGUUCUGGCUAGGAAUGCCUCCAGAUCGAUAUCUUCUCUCUGCUCUUCGUGCCGCAGCACGCUGACCGGCGAGCUAUCAGCAUUCCUCCGCCAGUAUGAGAUCUUCGCAGCCAGCCCUAACGCCGAUGAUCUCGCCAAAGAGAAAGUGCUUUGCGCGAUCUCAUACGUGAUCCAGGCCCUCCCUUCAGAGGAGCAAAAGUUCAGUCCGAUAUCAGAGCUCAUGGGCUACGUGGAGAAGGAUGCGGGGAAGUCUAUAGUCCUCCUACGACAAGGCCAAGGUCAAGAGGAAGAAGCAAAAGAAACGGGCCUGCUGGCACUGCGCUGUCUAGUCUCCAUAGGAAAGGGGCUACAAGCACCCGAUGACCUCCCGGUCGACCUCAGCGAAGAGGAGGGUCCACAGCCACCAUCCUUCUGGGAAGCCUCGUCCGGGGGCUCCCUCCAAGGAAAGAUCAUAAAUCUGGUCCGGAUGCUAUGCAGCACCUUCAACGGUGACGGCGAAAUGGUUGACGCCGCCUGUGCGGUCUUCAAAACCGGCUUCGCCGAGACAACGCCAGGGCUCUUCGUCUUCCCGCCAGAGAGAGUAACCGACUUCCUCCUGGAGCACUGUGCGCGAACGGAAACGAUCCUGUCCACCGCAGGAACACUCAUAUCCUCGCACUCGACCUCUAGCAGCGCCGACAUCGUCACGCAAGUGCUGCAGCUGCUCCAAUUCAUAAUCAACCUCGUGCUCCGCAUCGGUGACCCGCAAACGGAGCCGGAAAUUGCGCAGAGCGUGGCCGAUUUCAUGUCGCGUCUCCUGCGCCGCUACGCCCACGUCCUCUGCUCCUACCAACCCCACGCCCACCUCGAAGCCCUCUUCGUGUUCACCCUGGACUCGCUCACCGUCCGCGAAGCCUUCGUCAAGAAGGCGGCCGCCGCCUUCUGGUCGGCGUUCCUGUCCCUCGCCUCGCCGGCCUCCGACGAGAUCAUUGCCGCCUGCGGGCCCACGCUCGCCACAAAGCUGUGCUGGGCGAUUGGCGGCGGCUGCUCCCGCAGCGAGAUCGAGGUUUUGGCGGAACCGCUGCGAAAGCUGGUCGCGCGCCAGGUGCGGUCGAAGAUGUGGCUGACUGAAGCCUUGAAACCACAAGGGUUUCCGACCGAGAAUGUCGGCGAGAGAGAUAAGAGGCUGUUCGUUGAGAAGAUCAUGACGCUGCGCGGGAAGAGCGGGACGAAUCAGGUCGCGAAGGAGUUUUGGCUUAGGGCUAGGGGGACCGAGUUUGCUUAUGCUUCGUGAGUGAGUGAAUGAAUACCAGCUGCGUGCGGGAAAUGGAGCGCCAGGGGAGUUUAGGGUAUGUCUUUUCUUCUUUUUUUCUUUUUUUUUUCUUGCAGUGUAGAUUGGCAGCCAUAACCGUCGUUUUUGUUCUCUUUCAUCACUACAUUGUAUCUUCACGACUCCCUCAUG